AUGGCAGCUUUCAACCUCACCCCCUCUGACCCUUCAAUAUUCCUCCUAAUAGGCAUCCCUGGCCUGGAAGCUGCUCACAUCUGGAUUUCCAUCCCUUUCUUUACCUUCUACAUUAUCGGACUGUUGGGAAAUGUCAUGCUUCUGUUUGUUGUAGGUAAGGAGCAGACCCUGCACAAGCCAAUGUACCUGCUGCUCUGCAUACUGGCACUUACAGACAUUGCCACACCUACCUUCAUCAUGCCAAAGGCACUGUGUAUAUUUUGGUUCAAUUUGAAAGGCAUUACUCUGGCUGGCUGCCUCACCCAGAUGUUCUUCCUCCACACGGUUUCUGUUAUGCACUCAUCCACCCUCGUGAUGAUGGCCUUUGAUCGCUACGUCGCCAUAUGUAACCCUCUGAGAUAUGGCACCAUCCUCAGCAAUGCACAAAUAGCUAAGCUAGGUCUUGUAGGUUUGAUAAGAGCUGUUCUCUUCAUGCUGCCCCUACCCCUUCUCCUGAGUCAGCAGCCAUUUUGUGCAAAUCGCAUUAUCCCCCACACGCAAUGUGAGCACAUAGCUGUGAUGAAGAUGGUGUGUGGGGAUAUCACAGUCUCCAGGAUAUAUGGCUUGGUGCUAAUGUUUGUAGUUAUGGGGUUUGACCUGAUGCUCAUUGCCCUGUCCUACAUUCUGAUCAUCAGGGCCGUCCUCAGAAUCUCAUCUAAGAAAGCCCACCAAAAAGCCCUCAACACAUGCACAGUUCACAUCUGUGUGAUGCUGACAUAUUAUGCCCCUGGCCUCUUCUCCAACCUGACACAUAGGUUUGGUCAAGGCUUCGCUCCCCACAUUCACAUCAUCUUGGCCAACCUCUACUUCCUCAUCCCCCCCAUGCUCAACCCUAUCAUAUAUGGGGUCAAAACCAAAGAGCUUCGUGACAAAGUAGGCAAAUACAUCUGCAGAAGGUAA